UUAGGUACCCGAGGCCCGGGGCGGGAGAAGUCACUUCCUCCCAGAGAUCUUGUAUCCUAGCAACCGCCCCCCACCUCCGUUCUUAGUCCCGCCUCCACGCUUCCUAAGAAGCCAGGUCUCUGGAAGCAGCCAGGCGCAGGCCGGGUAGAGGGGCCAGCCGCUGGGUUCUCGGGUCGCGGGCUGCCCUCCGCAGGAAAGUCAGCCAACAUCAGAGGUUGAAUUAUUCCUAUCAUUUGUUAGCCACUUUAUAAAGGUCAAGAAUUAAAACACACUAUGUCUGAUGAAGUUUUUAGCACAACUUUGGCAUAUACAAAGAGUCCAAAAGUCACCAAAAGAACUACUUUCCAGGAUGAGCUAAUAAAAGCAAUUACAGCUCGCUCAGCCAGACAAAGAAGUUCUGAAUACUCAGAUGACUUUGACAGUGAUGAGACUGUUUCCUUAGGUGAUUUUUCUGACACCUCAGUAGAUGAAAAUUCAGUGAAGAAAAAAAUGAAUAAUUUUCACAUAUCAGAUGAUGAAGAAAACAAUUCUCCCAAACUGUCUUUUUUGAAAACCAAAAAAUCAAGCAAUGAUGUGAGGAAACAUGAGCCAGUAGUCUCUAUCAAAAACGAUGACAUUGCACUUGAUAAUGGUGAAGGCAUGAUUGUAAAUCCCUUACCUGAAUCUCAAAAUAAACAACAGGAAGUUGAAAAAGAGAAAAUUAAAAUGGAAACUAAACCUAGAAUUCUUCCAAUCAAAAGUACAUCUUCAGAGAAUAACAGCAGCCUUGAAGCAGACAGCCAAUUUAAGCCUUCACCUCGCCCCAGGAGCAUGUUGAAAAAGCACAGCCAUGGGGAGAAGAAAGAUAGCCUACGAGACAAUAGAGAAACUGUCCCACACGAAGAUUUAGAGGCACAUUCCACACCUUCGUUCCUCCCAAGGCUGAAUGACAGACAGCCAGAAGCUGAGAAGAAUGCAUUCUCUGAAAACCUUGAUCCCGAGGAUCCACAGUUAACAAGUAUACCAUCAUCAUCUGUUAAAGAAAAUCUUAAAGAUUCCUUUUCACUAGGAUCUGAAGAGAAAGCCUCCAUUACAGUAGAUCAGAAUGAAGAACGCACUGAAAGCCAUAAUUCCUUGAAAUCAACCGAAAAUGAAAAGAACUCCUUUUUGAUAGACUUUGUUACUACUACACUUGAGAAACCCAAGGAAAGUCAAGUGACUGUUGGUGAUGUUGAAGAAGAAAAGGAGAAAGCUGAACUGAUUAUGAAUGAUGACUUAACAGCUAAAGAUCCACCACUACUACAGCUUCAGAGUAUCUUAUGUACUGAGUCUUCAAAGAAAGCAAUUCAAGAUAGAAAUAUGAAGAAUAAAAAAUCAACAAAUAAUAGAGCCUCCAGUGCAUCUGGCAGAUUAAUGACCUCUGAGUUCUUAAAGAAGCCUAGUUCUCUAAGGAGGAUUCCAUCGACAGCUCCAGCUUCUCACUAUUUAGGGACUUUGAGAGUCUUGGACCAAAAGCCCUCACAGAAACAGAACACAGAACCUGACAGAGCAGAUAAUCUAAGGGCAACUGUUUAUCAGGAGUGGUUAGAAAAGAAAAAUAUUUAUUUACAUGAAAUGCACAGAAUUAAAAGAAUUGAAAGUGAAAACUUAAGGAUUCAGAAUGAACAGAAGAGAGCUGCUAAGAGAGAAGAAGCCUUAGCAUCAUUUGAGGCCUGGAAAGCCAUGAAAGAAAAGGAAGCAAAGAAGAUAGCUGCAAAAAAAAGGCUUGAGGAAAAAAACAAAAAGAAAACUGAAGAAGAAAAUGCUAUGAGAAAAGGAGAAGCAUUGCAAGCUUUUGAAAACUGGAAAGCAAAAAAGAUGGAAUACCUUAAGGAGAAAAAUAAAAAAGAGAAAGAAUGUGAAAGAGCAAAGAAACAGAAAGAGGAGGAAACUGUUGCUGAGAAAAGAAAAGAUAACUUAACUGCUGUUGAAAAAUGGAAUGAAAAAAAGGAAGUUUUUUUCAAGGAAAAGGAAAAAGUAAAAAUACAUGAGAAAAGAAAAGAAGAACUGAAAAGAGCUGAGAAAAAGGAAAAAGAUAAACAAGCUCUCGAGGAAUAUGAAAAAUGGCUGUCAUCCUACUGGGUACGACAGAGAUUGAGAUGGUUGGAUGGCAAAACCAACUUGAUGGACAUGAGUUUGAUCAAGCUCCAGGAGAUGGUGAUGGAGAGGGAAACCUGGCAGUCCACGGAGUUGCAAAGACUUGGACACAACUGAGCUACUGAACAGCCACAAAAUUUGCUCAUUUUUUUUAUUAAUAGUUGUUGCCUGUGCCUUUGGUGUCAUGCCAGGUAAUCAUUGUCAAGUCUAAUGUCCUGAAGUUUUUGUCCUAAAUAAGAAGCUCAAUUUUCGGAAAGAUGGGGAAAAAACUUAUAUAAGGACUUUGAAACAUUAAUUAGAUUUAUCCUCAGGUUUCCAAGGAGCUAGACAAAUGGAGGUUUAGGGAAGGAAGAAGUAAGCUAAACUCACUUGAAGGCUUCCUUCUCUUGUUCAUUUGUAAAACCACCCUGUUGUUUGAAACACCGCCAUGAGAUUUCUGAGACCAGUGCUGCUGGGCUUCUUCAGAGGAACACAGAAUGACUGCAGACCCUGCCCAUGUCCUCACUGGGGAGGAAUUUCAUCAAGGCACCAGGGCUCACAAACUCCAGGGAAUCCCGGCCCUCAAGACUGGUCUCCUUUCUUCCAGUCAGCUUCAGGUUAGAGGCCCAGGUACCCCUAUCCUGGCUCCAACCUUCAGGGCCUGGAUUCUGGGACAGCGUAAGAGUAAGCAAGACCCUUACACUCCUUUAUCUGCCCGGGGGUUAGACUAUCUAAAAAGCUGCAACUAACAGAUCAUGGAGGGCUGAGUGCUUGCAGCAAGUAUGGGUGGAAAGAUGGGAUGUGAGUUCCUAUGUCAGCCAGGCCUUUCCAGGGUGAAGAUCUGUGCAUUUUUGCCUGGGCAGUCAACUCCCCAUGUCAUCCUCCCAGGGAGCCCAGAUCCAUGAUUAUGAAGACAGAGGCUUUCCCCUUGCUUAUCUGUAACUUCCCACUCCCACAGUGAGGAGCCUGGCUCCCACCAUCUGCCAUUUAUCUGUGCAUUGCUCCUUUCCAGGUUACAUGUGCAGAGGUUUCGGCAUCCUUAGCUACUACAUCCUGGAAAAGAACUCCAUAAAAUAAAGCCCACUGUUUACGACAGUCCAUGUUGCCUUUUGUCUACAGAUUCUGUUCAUUUCCAAAGUUAACUUAGGUUAGCACCUUCUCCUCCAUCCCCUACAGUUGAGUUUUCCCAUACAUUUCUAAUAUGGUUACAUUCUGCCAUAUUGUGUAUUCCAUCCUGUGACACUCCCACAACCUAAAUAACUACAUUUGAAUAAAUUAUGACUGACCCCUUGGGCUAUACAAAUCUAUGGUCUUAGACAAAUGCAUAGUGACAGUUAUCCAUUUUAUUGUAUCACUUCAAACCCCCCACUCCAGGAUUGGCUUACCAUCUAGUAGCUUUGCCUUUCCUGGAAAGUUAUAAAUGGGGUCAUACUGUGUGCAGCCUCUUCAUACUGGAUUCUUUCACUUAACAGUAUACACUGAAGAUUUAUCAACAUGUUUCCAUUGGUUGAUGGUUCACUGCUUUCUAUUGCUGAGUAGUAUUUCAUUUUAUGUGUACAGGAGGAAAAACAAUUUUUACUCUGUCUUUCUAGAUUCUUGGUUGAGAACCCCCUUGUAUUAAAAGAUUACUAAGAGAAAAAAAGAAGUUAAUGGCGUGUAUACCUUCUCUGUACAAGGGAAUUACCCAGAAAAACUAAGUUACUCCCAGAAAUAGCCAAAGCUAUCACCUUAAAUAUAAAUCUUCAGAUAAAAACAAAAGAAGACCUUGUGAAAGAGGGGACGCCAGUUGUGGCAGGAUAUUAUGAAAAGCAGGGUACACAAGGGUAUGAUUGUUUGCAGAUUUAAGUCAGGGCUUCUACAGUGAUGAGUUACUUGAGAUUUAAUCAUUCUUCUAUUUCUGGUGCAAAGAAGGACACGUGUGCAUGUUCAGGCAUGCCUGACUCUUCACGAACCCAAGGACUGUAGCCCG